AUGAAUUAUUGGAAAGGAGUGCAGUAUGAUACUUUACAAUUAUUUAUCAAGUUCGUGGCUAGGAUCGGCUACAAGGACAAGCCCGAAGUUGAUAAAAAUGGCAAGCUAGUAUCGUGUCGCUUGACACACUUUCACGCGGCCUGCCAGUCCGGUUGCGAUGACAUUGUCAUGAAAUUCCUCGAGUUUGGGCAAGACCCCAAUUGCAUCUGGCGAGAAACAGGUGAUACGCCGCUACACUUGGCUUUGGUCUUUGGCAGGAAGAAGAUUGUCGAAAUGCUGCUAAUGAGAGACGUUAAUCCCUUUGUGCCCAACAAGGACGGAUUAACAUCUUUGCACGUCGUUUGUAGGAAUUUUCCCAAUGCCCAUGAACUAGUGAAGAUGUUAUUGGAGGUCAGCCAUCCGGUGCAAGUCGAUGCCCAAGACAAUCUGGGUAAAACACCACUACACUAUGCCCUGUCCCGGAACCAUAAAGUACAGAAUACUGUCCGAUUAUUGCUGGAAAACGGCGCCAGUCCAAAUUUAGCCGACAAGGAGGGAUUGACUCCCCUGCAUUAUAUUUUUAAGAGAAGCGGCGUUUUUUUUGACGGUUAUACAGUAGAUGACUUGAAGAUAUUUUUUAAGAUCAACGAAGAUCAAAAUCAAAAGGUAGAAGUAGAUGCCCAGGACAAAUUGGGUAACACACCAUUGCACUUGGCAUUGGAAUGUGUGGGCAGGAACAUUAAGAAGGUGGUCGAAGUAUUGCUGAGAAGAGGUGCUGAUCCGAACGUAGCCAAUGCAGAGGGAUCGACACCAUUACAUUUAAUUUGUGAUAAACCAAGUGUUUAUGACUCAAAUGAGGGCUUAGCGGAGUUAUUCUUCAAGAUAAACGACGAAAGACAUCAACAAGUGCAGGUCAACGCUAAGGACAAUUCAGGUCAGACACCGCUGCAAUUAGCUGUGGAGAAUGUUUUGCCGAAUGCGGUCCAUGCACUCGUGGAUCAUGAUGCUGAUCUGUCCAACUUCCUUUUUACAACUAAGUCGAUUGAAGCUAGGAUAGACAUGCCCGCUGAAUUGAAAUUAAAAGCAAUAUCUGGCGUUCUGGUGAUCACGGAGCAUCUAGAGAACGGAGGAUAUGAAAUAACCCGUAGCCACGCGUUGAACAGUGCAAAGUUCAUGAUGGUGAUAACCAUAUUUUUGGACUUUUUCCCUGUCUGA